UCGAAGACAGCUGACACGUGGGAAGCGUUUAGCAGCACUGCAUGGCAACUCAGAGAAAUCCAGUUUUUUUUUUAACAUGAACCCGUGCAGCGCGGCGUGUUUCUCUGAGCUCAUGAACGCACAGCCCGGUUAAAACAGGAGGUCUGCUGUGGUCUGAAUAGACAGCGAACUGGAAAUGUUAUGGUGACUCAACUAUCCGCUUCGAAUCACAAAUCAUCACUGAAUUCUGUAUUUAAUCGAAUGCACCAAAUUGUUGUCACUCGCACUGGCGAUAGUAAACAGUAGUGAACUCUGUACGGUGAGGAAGGAGGCGUGGCAUGACGCCAGAGUUCCAUAUUGACAGGAAAACUCACCAAAUUUGGAGCUGCUUCCUGCUCUCUCUCCCCGGGUCACCAUGCUGCGCCUGUGCCGCGUGCUGGAGCGUUUACACGCGUGUACCGAAGCCUCCGCGAGCAACCGACACUGGACCAAAAUCGCCGACCUGUCAGUGAGGUUCUCCAGUACUAAAGCUGCUCCGCGGUUCCGACGAAUGGACUAUCAGGAUGCGGUUUGCACCCUCAACACCCUCCAGACGAACGCCAGCGCGCUGGAGCAGGUGAAGAGAGAGAGAGGUCAUCCUCAGCUCCAGCUGCAGGCCAUGAGAGGCUUCCUCCAGCGGGCAGGACUCAAGGUAGAAGAACUUGAUCGUCUUAAUAUUAUUCACGUGACUGGAACAAAAGGAAAGGGUUCAACAUGUGCCUUUACAGAACAGAUUUUGAGAAAGUAUGGCUUCCGGACUGGAUUCUACAGUUCACCUCAUUUGGUGCAAGUGAGAGAGCGAAUCCGAAUCAACGGGCAGCCGAUAGGAAAAGAGCUCUUCACCAAAUACUUCUGGCAGGUGUACGGACGACUGGAGGAGACAAAGGAUGCCCAUGGCGGCAGCAUGCCUGCUUAUUUUCGCUUUCUCACCAUCUUGGCCUUUCAUGUCUUUCUGCAGGAGAAGGUUGAUUCGGCCGUCAUUGAGGUUGGGAUCGGUGGAGCUUAUGACUGCACCAAUAUUAUCAGGCGUCCCUGGGUGUGUGGCAUCUCCUCUUUGGGGAUAGAUCACACCAGCAUACUGGGAGACACCAUUGAGAAAAUUGCUGGGCAGAAAGGAGGGAUUUUCAAGCUAGGAGUUCCUGCAUUCACAGUCAAACAACCUGAUGGGCCGAUGAAGGUGCUUCAAGAGAGGGCAGAAGAAAUUGGGUGUUCGUUAUCAGUGUGUCCUGAUCUGGAGGAGUAUGAGAGCGAGGGUUCGCUCAGCUUGGGUCUAGCUGGUCACCAUCAGCGCAGUAACGCUUCUCUGGCUCUACAGCUCUCACACACCUGGCUGCAGAGACACUUCCUCACAGAUCCUGCGUCAUCAUCUCCAGUGGAGUUCAGCGGUGUGAGUUCAGCUCCAGUGAUCCAGCCUAGUCCUGCAAUGAUCAAAGGUCUUGCAGAGACUGAGUGGCCUGGGCGCAAUCAGACGCUAAAACACAGUCCUGUGACGUAUUUCCUGGAUGGAGCUCAUACUACUCGCAGCAUGCUGGCCUGUGUCCGCUGGUUCAAUGAAGUCACACCACAACACGAGAGAAACGCUGGGGGUUCGGUGGUGAGGGUCCUCUUAUUCAACGCUACAGGAGAGAGAGACUGUGCCGCUAUGCUCAAACUGCUCGUACCCUGUCACUUUGACUUUGCUGUGUUCUGUCCGAACAUCACGGAGGCCAUAACGACCUGUAAUGCAGACCAACAGAACUUUAAUGUUUCUGUGGAGAACAUGCUCACACGUUGCUUGGACAACCAGCAGAGCUGGCGUGUUCUGAAUGGCCAGGAGGAGAAGCCAGAGGUGGAGCUUCUGAUCGGCGGUGGUUUGCCAUUGGUGGCAGAAAGACACACGGACACACUGGUGUUUCCCUGCAUCCUCAGCGCCCUGCAGUGGAUCAGUCAGGGAAGAGACUCUGCUCUGUCGGACCCAAACAAAUGUGUCAUACCCAUUAAACCUAGCAUAAAAGCGAAAGCUGCUCCACUCCGAGAGGCUGUAAGCAUACACGUCCUCAUCACAGGUAGUUUACACCUGGUGGGAGGGGCUUUAAAACACUUGGACCCUUCUUUAAACUCAUAAUGGACAUAUGCACGUGUCUGCAGUGUCAGACAGACAGCCAAACACAGCAAGAGCACCACCUAGUGCCUGAACCCUCUGUUUUGGUACUCAAAGGAGUAGUUCACCCAAAAAUGAAGAUUUGCUAAAAAUGUACUCACCCUCAGG